AUCAGUUCCAAACGCGUCCUUCGACUUAAAUAGCGGUCUCAAUUUCCCAAAAUUUUCAUCUUCCAUGAAGAAUUGCAAUCCCUAGAUUUCUCAAUCCGGAGCCAUCCAUGCGGUUACAUUGACGACAUCUUCACAGUUUUUCAAUCGUCUUCUUCAGCACCAUCUGAAUGUAAUUGUUUCCCCCCCUUCUUCUUGAAGGGAAUUGCGGUUAGGUCUUUGCGUUAUUUCUGAUGGACGGGAACAAAGACGAUGCUUUGAAAUGUUUGAAAAUCGGGAAAGAAUCUUUGGAAGCUGGGAAUCGGACCCGUGCCCUAAAAUUUGUGAAUAAAGCUCGUCGUCUUGAUCCGACGCUCUCCGUUGACGAUCUCUUAUCGGAAAUUCAGAAUGUUUCUAGUGAAGAUUUAGAUGGUGAUACUGGCAAAUCUGGGAAUAGGUCGUCUGAUACCUCUUCAUCUAAACCGUCUGAUCAGCCUUCGGUUCGCCGUAGAGUUCCUGCAUCGAGGUCUUCUGAAUCUUCAACAUCGGCAAUUUAUACAGAGGAGCAGAUUGAGGUUGUGAGGAAAAUUAAAAAGCAGAAGGAUUAUUACGAGAUUUUGGGAUUGGAGAAGAGUUGUAGUACUGAGGAUGUUCGAAAGGCAUAUAGGAAGUUGUCUUUAAAGGUUCAUCCAGAUAAAAACAAUGCUCCUGGUGCUGAAGAAGCAUUUAAGGCUGUAUCGAAAGCGUUUCAGUGUCUAAGUAACGAGGAGAGUCGGAAAAAGUAUGAUGUUGUUGGGUCUGAUGAGCCAGUUUAUGAGAGACGGACUACAAGACAUGGUGCCAAUGGAUUUAAUGGGUUUUAUGAGGGUGAUGUUGAUGCAGAGGAGAUAUUUAGAAACUUUUUCUUCGGUGGAAUGGCGCCUACAACCACACAUUUUCGUACUUUCAAUUUUGGCACUGGAAUGGGACAUAGGACAGCUGAUCAGGGCUCAGGUGGUGGCCUUAGAACUCUGAUUCAAUUGCUUCCCGUGCUGUUAAUAUUGCUUUUGAACUUCUUGCCAUCCUCAGAACCGAUCUAUGCUCUUUCCCAUUCCUACCCUUAUGAAUUCCAGUUUACCACUCAAAAGGGUGUCAAUUUUUUUGUGAAAUCAACAAAUUUUGAGGAAAAGUAUCCACCUAAUAGCCCGGAUCGUAUGGCACUUGAGCGGCACAUAGAGAGGGAUUAUUUUAACAUUCUUGCUCAGAAUUGUCGUGUUGAGAUGCAGCGUCGGCAGUGGGGAUUUAUAAGGGAAACUCCAUACUGUGAUAUGUUACAGAAGUUUCAGUCAGCUGCUUCGUGAAUGAACGAAAGAUAGCUUCUAUUGCUAAGCUGUAACUACAAGGCAAGAUUGCUUUUUCUGCCAUUGACUCAACCAAUGUGUAAAAAAGUGAGGCUUUUAUUUCAAAUAUCUUUGCUUCUGCAUCUGAAGUUACCAUCAAAUGUCAGUGUCUCGUAGCUUGCAGAUUAAGAUGGUUGCGUAAUACUUGAACCAUGCUUUAGAUAGUGUGAUAAAAUUUACAGUAUCAAUUAAUGCUAGUAACGUGUUGUGGUGAUAUAAUUUUUACUGUCUCAACUUUGAACUUUUGAUAUAUCGAUCUAUGUUAUUCAUUUUCAGUUUAUUUGAGUGGUUCACAUGGAUUAUUGAAAGGAAAUUGUUGGAAUAAAACUGAAGAACAUCGUCGAGUAA